UUAUGGAACAUUAUAAUCAAUCGUACCAAGGACAAUAUGACCAGCUCUUCGCUUCCUAGUGCUUUUCUUAAAAAUGUAUUGCAAAAUGGUGUUGGAAGGCAUGUAUGUCAACUGCAAAGGAUAACACUUUCCCUUUGCAAGUCACAUCCCUCAAGUUUAGCUGCUAGGGAUUUUGUUGAAGAAGACUUACUUGACUUCACCAAACAGAAUCCUGGUAUUGUAUUUUACAUUAAGCCAAGAAGACACAGAACUCCAAUGUUAACAGCAGAGUAUUUGAAUGGUUAUAAAGAAGAAGUAACUUUGAAGAAAUGCAGCAAGGAUGAAAUAACACAGUGGAUAGGUCUGAUGAAAGGCAGAUCUGGCUGCCAGAUAGUACGCCUUCGGAAAGAGUGGCAUACCGAUACACCAUCCAUACAAGGAGUUUGGCAUCCAUUUCUAUUUAAAGAUACUAAAGUGAAUGUAACUGACAUAAGAGAUAAAAGUUUGUCACAGUAUAUUUCCCCAUAUAAAUCGGCCAGUGAUAGAUUAUUAGAACUUCAGAAUAGAAUUGCUGAUAAUAAUGAACAAAAUAAAGACAAGCUUGAAUGAAACGAGAGGUGUGACAAAUAGGAGUGGCCUUACAACAGGAGGAUUAUAGGUUAAAUCCUGCCAGUGGUGUUCUGAUAGUUUUCAAGGACAUGUUCAAAUCUGUGUGAAUGGCCACUAUGUAACCAUAUUUGACCAUGUUGACUGCCUGUGUCUUUAGUUUAAAUUGAACUUGAAGUUUGGUACUGUUUUAAGAUUCAACAUGAAGAGAGCAUUUUCAUUUUUGUAAAAUUGAUAUUACACGAAGAAGAGUAAAUUACAAAACAAGUUAA